UCGCUUCAAUUCAAGCACAACGACAAAUUCUUCUCCAAGCUUCUCACCAGAGAAAGUUCCAGAGCCAAUCACUCUUCAAGAAUCUACUAUGGCGGAUUGGCCGGUGCUGUUCCUUUCGUUUGGGAGUCUCAGCCAGAGGAAACUCGAUCUGUUGACGCCGCCGGUUUCUAAAUCGGCGUCAUUGCCGUCUUUCGGAUCGACGUUCGACUCGGCCGUCGGUGCGAAGUUCGCCGGACGCCGUUCGGCGCGGCGGUUUGCGCUCGGAGUCUCGCGUUCGAAGGAGGGAGAGGAUGCGGCGGCCUCCGGCUCAGUGCUUUGUUUCGGAAUCGGUAGAUGAGCGGCGGUGAGAUUGACAAUCUUCGCUGGUUCUGAAUCUGAAUCGGAAUCGGAAUCUUAAUCGGAGUAAAUCUUUAGAAUAAUUGUUAUGUUCAUUUAAUGUAUGGUAUCGAUAAGGCCAAAGGGGUUGGUUGAAAAUUUGUAAAAAUAAUAAUAAUAAUAAUAAUAAUAAUAAUAAAACUAAUCAUCUUUUUUAA